AUGCUUGAGCUGACCAGUUUGUCGCAAUGUGGUCAAAAUGAAUUUCUAAAACUUCACAACUUCUUAUAUAACCCAACCGAAUUUCCAAUAACAAAAUUUAACAUCUCACAACAUUGGGCGUCAGACAUUGUCACCGCUCUGUGCGAAGUCAUUCAAUGCAAACAAACCAUCCGUUUGGAAUCAAACAAGACUCAAAACCCUUCUGUUGUGACGAAACCAAACAGCACAACUUCAAUCGGAGAACGUCGCAAAGCUUUCGAAUGGCAUUUCUUAGACCUCACAAAACCAAAACAACAACCUCCACAGCCAGGACAAAUUACUUUGACUUUAUAUGAGUUGGUUAAGGAGUAUUACAAAAGUCUUGAUAUUGACAUUCAGAACAACAAGAAUGAGCAAUUGGAAGCCACUAAAAAAUUGGCUGAAGAGAAGACUCGAGCAAAUGAAGUGAAAGAACAGAAGACCGAACAGAAGACUGAAAAGAAGACUGAAAAUAAGACUGAAAAAAAUGUUCCAAAAACGACUGAAAAGAAAGAAGAACCCGCAAAAAAGGUUUCCGCAGAGAAAAGGAAAACAGAAAUUGCGAAACCACCAAAAGAAGUUCCAAAAAAAGUUGAAGAGAAAAUUUUAGAAGAGAAGAAAAAGGAAGAACCAGUCGACAAAUACGCCGUCUUUGAGGCUAUGAUGAUCACUGCAAAACUGAAUGACGAAAUCAGAGAGACGACAUUGGACGCGUUCCUUGAAGUCUAUCCAACCAACUUCCCACACCAAAAUACCCAAAAGGGGAAAGACGGAAGUGGACUUAUGUUGAACCAAAUCAGAAAGAAAAGUUCGUUGGAGCACAUCACCGACCUCUCAACAGCAAAGAAAGAAGUUAAAGAGUUCCGCGACAAAAUUAAACAGAAACUUGAGUCGAACAAAAAGAAGUUGGACAAGUGCGUUGAGAUGGAGGACGUGAUGCGAAAUAGAACGUUUGGAACCCCAAAAUUCCCGACAAAGGCCGAGCACGAGAUGUUACUCCGCUACAAAAAGUUGUUACCACAAGUCGACGACAUUUUAUAUUCAGGAAAGGCCAACAGUUUGAUAUUAGAAAUGGGCGUGACAUCGAAAGAGGUUGCUUCACUUGAAGGAGAUGAAGUUGAUAGGUGUAUGGUGUAUUCUAUUGGAGACUAUUUAAGGGUGUGUAAUCAAGAGAGUCGAAUUGAUGCACAAAUUGAGAAGGUCAAUGAAAUGAUGAAGGCAGAGAGCGCACAAUUAAAACAAGACUUUUGCUCAAUACGAGUGUCUGAGGUGAUUGAAGAAAUGGAAGAGAAGAUUAUGUUGGCGUCUCGACCACUUCCAGUCGAUUUGGGAAAAUACGAGGUGAAGUGGAGUUAA